AUGGAACCAAUGCGGACGCCUCGUGCCGACACUCCAACACCUCUCCACCGCACGGCUGUCAGCACCGAGGUCACUGAAAUCGACGAAGAGUUCGAGAUUGCGGAUACCGAGGACAACUACGAUCCUGUAUCGGGCCUUCGUCACAACCCGAAAAACGAUGGCGAUCCCGAACACGAUCAAACCAACUUGACCGCAUACCGGCGCUACAACACCUUCAGUAUCAAGGGAAAGAGACAUACCAUCGACCGGUCUAGUGCUCGGGUGGGCGUUGAGGAGCCGCACAAGUUCUACUAUGUCAACAAGUCUGGCCAGUGGAAGAAGUGGAAGCCAGUCCUUCCGUUCGCUUAG